AAUUACUAGAGCGGUGUAUUGAGCCAACUUAACUUUUUCUUGUCUCUUUCUCUUUUAAAAAAUCCACUCAAACCCACCAAUCUGCCACCCAGGGGAUUUUAUCAGUCGCAUGUUCAUAAGUGGGGAAAGCUUCAAAGAGGCAGAGCUGGAAAAAUACUGUGACUAUGAAUCCAUGGAGGUGCCAGACUCCUACACUGGACCCCGUCUCUCUUUCCCACUCCUUCCUGACCAUGCGACUGCCUUGCUGGAAGCUUUCAAACAGAAACAACAGCUCCACGCUCGCUAUGUCUUAAACCUUCUGCAUGAGACCAGGAAGCACCUCAAGCAGUUGCCAAACAUCAGCCAUGUCUCCACCUGCUAUAGCGAAGAGGUCACCGUUUGUGGAGACUUGCACGGCCAGCUGGACGACUUGUUCCUCAUAUUUUAUAAGAAUGGCCUUCCUUCCCCUUCCAAGUCCUACGUGUUCAAUGGGGACUUCGUAGACAGAGGCAAACAGUCCCUUGAGAUCCUCAUCAUCCUCUUUACCUUCCUCUUGAUCUAUCCAAAGGAGGUUCAUCUCAACCGCGGGAACCACGAGGACCACAUGGUCAAUUUACGCUACGGUUUCACCAAGGAAGUAAUGCAGAAAUAUAAGGUGCAUGGGAAGAAAAUCUUGAAGAUGAUUCAGAAUGUCUUCUGCUGGCUGCCCCUGGCCACCCUGAUUGAUCAGAAAGUCCUCAUUAUACACGGGGGCAUCUCUGACACCACUGACCUGGACAUGCUUGAGAAAAUUCAAAGGAACAAAUUUAUUUCUGUAUUAAGAGGGAAGAAAAGAAAGGAGUCAAAUAGAAAUGUGGAAAUACAGGAAAUAAAUGGGGAGACCAAAGUAGAGGCCGACCCAGCAGGGAACGAGGCAGCCCCCAGUUUAUCUCCGCAGCCCCGGCCGGCCCAGGCUCCCAGCAUGGCCAACAGGCUGGAGUUCUCCAAGUGGGUCCGGCAGACGGUGCAGGAACAAAUCGAGUGGUGCCGCCGGCUGGUGGACAUCAGCGAGUCAGAGGAGGAGGAGCUCACCUAUUCCAGUGUGGUCUCCUUGACGGAUUUGGAUGGGCCAUGCUGGACUCGCCAGGAGGAGUGGAAGCAGAUUUUAGACAUUCUCUGGAGUGACCCCAUGCCUCAGGAGGGCUGCAGAGUAAAUACGGUGCGAGGCGGUGGCUGCUACUUUGGACCUGAUGUGACAGGGAAGAUCCUUGAGAAGCACAACUUGCAGUUCCUCAUCCGCUCCCAUGAGUGCAAGCAAGAGGGCUACGAGUUCUGUCACAACCGGAAGGUGCUGACCAUAUUUUCAGCCUCAAACUACUACGAGAUUGGCAGCAACAGGGGAGCCUAUGUGAAGUUGGGACCGGACCUCGUCCCCCAUUUUGUUCAGUACCAAGCAAACAAGACGGCCCACACUCUCACUAUGACUCAAAGAAUCAGCAGAGUAGAGGAGUCAGCCUUCCGAGCCUUGCGGGAAAAGCUCUUUGCUCACACCUCAGGCCUCAUCAGUGCGUUCAAGGCGUACGAUAAGGACAAUACGGGCCGGAUCACGCUGAGCAACUGGGCAAUGGCAGUGGAGUCAGUCUUGCACCUGGGAUUGCCCUGGCGAAUGCUGAGACCGCAGUUGGUGCGCAGCACGACGGACGGCAUGCUGGAGUACAAGUCCUGGCUCGACGACUUGGCCGUGGAGCAGCGGAGCCAAGAGCAUAUCCAGUCGAGCUUGCUGGAAGUCAUUUACCGAAACAGAUCCAACUUGGAGACCAUAUUCAGGAUCAUAGACAGAGAUCAUUCAGGUCUCAUCUCAUUUGAGGAAUUCCACCAAACCUGGAAGCUGUUCAGCUCCCACAUGAACAUUGAACUCACGGAUGACAGCAUCAAUGACUUAGUGCGCAGCAUUGAUUUUAAUAAGGAUGGAAACAUCGACUUCAACGAGUUCCUAGAAGCCUUCCGCCUUGUCAAGCAGUCACAGUAGUGAGAACCUGGUGGGGGUUGACACGUCCAAUGCCUUGACUGUCUGUGAAGCCAGGGGGACCGCUUCCUAUGUAAUGGCAGAGCGUGCCUGCAGAUGCGAAGCAGGGAAAGGGAAGGCAGGUACUUGUAGCACCUCUGGGUUGAAAACAGUGACCUCCGUAGCCAACAGCUGUGAUCCACUUGGGGAAGGUAACGGGUAAAAUAGAUAAGCUGGACUUCAGUUCUGACCAUUUUUGAAAAGGAGCUGUGUUUUAAGUAGAAAUUUCUGCUCAAAAGGAAGAUGCAACUUAGUUUCUCUAGCCAGUGCAUGGGCUGUUCAAGUGUAGUAAAAUGGAAGUCAAGCUAUUUCUUGUAGGCAGUGUUCUAACGAUGUAGCAACUGAUAGAGCACAGCUUUCCUUUUAAUAAACAUUUUUUUUCUACAUUGCUGCUUCUCAACUGUUCAUGCCUGCCCUUGUUCUUCAACCCCAUUCGCAGCAGUGCUGUUUCAGUGAUAUUACCUACUUCCCCUCUGUUGUUCCUUUGCUGUGAUAAGUUUGUUCUGUAAGUUCUAAACACAUGCAGUGGAGCAACACUUGGAAAAAACUACCUCAAACACGUGAAACUGUCUCUAGGAGGGAGCUUUUUUUAAUAAAUCUAUUUGAGACCAGUUCUUUUCCAAAGGCCAGGGUAGUAGACUGAGUAGCCCCCUGCUAGAGUGCCUAUGCUGCAUGUUCAAGAGAUUUUUUCAAAACGUGGUACAAUUGCAAUUUAGAAAGGGGUGAGGGGGUUUACCUAUUUAUCUUGAACAUGCAGUUCUACACAUGCUUUUUUCAACUGUAAUGGAACCACGCUUCCACAAAUAAACUCUCUCAAAAGCACAAUACAGGCUCCGGCAUGCUGAGGCUGUAUUUCUAUUUUUCUGUCUUUCAAAUGUUAUGAAUGUGGUGGUGUGGUGUUUUCUUUUGUGUGGCUAAUGAACCAAAGGGAUUCUGUCUCUACUGUGAUUGAGUUGUUUCUCCCAUUGCAGAAAAUAAUGCAGUUUUGUUUCAGUUAUGUUCAGUGACUUCUGCAAUAAGGGAAAAAAAGCAACUUUUUAGGGGACAAAAAAAAAAAAGCUGUCUCUCCAAUGCAUGCAGUAGCCACCUGCUCUGCAGUACUUGGUCCCAGGUAGGAUCUAAGGGACAUGACCUUGUUUAUUAGUUUGGGGACUGCGGCUGCCAAGCAGCUCUGUGGCAUCGGGUUUGACAGCCGGUUACCUGCAGGAGAGUGAAGUGCAUUAACCUGAGGUUGUUAGCAGUUUCACUGCUUUGCUGAUGUAGCUGGGAAAGAGCCAACACCAUGCACAAGUUAUUACAAAGUCAGACUGAAUUUAUUACUCUCCAGCAAUUAAAAAAAGGCAGAAGACAAUGUCUAGACAUUCUGUUGUUAUUUGAGGGGCAGCAAAGCUUUGUAUAAUUCACAUACGUAAAGUGAUAAAAACAUAACCUUCAGAUCCUUGCAGUCCAAAGGAAGGACAGAAACUGGAAACAUUGACUUCCUGCAGCUUGCCCCAGUAAUCUACUGGUAUUGCAGAGACUGACAGAGUUACAGCAACAUCCAUAUCUGUAAUGAUUUAAAUUAGCUGUUUACAUAAAGUUGUUACUUGAUUGUUUUGACAAAAACAUGGAAGCAGGCUAAGCUUUCCACAAACCAAGUCACAAGUGGAACAAUUCCCUCUGCACUGCAUUUCUAGGACCA